CUCGCUCAGAUCCAUUGUUUUUUUCACCUCUCCUGAAAUCUCAUCAUGGAUAUCCCCAUCCAGUAUCCUUGGUACCGCCGGGCCUUCCCUCAUCGGCUCUCUGACCUCCCCCCGGCAGAGCCUUUUGUUGACUGGCCCCACAUGUGGCCCUUUUCCUGGUCCUUGCCCUGGAUGCGCCCGUCGGCCAUGCGCUGGCUCAACUGGCCUGACAAUGGACACAGUGAGAUGCGCAUAGAAAAGGAUCGCUUUGUCAUUUAUCUGGAUGUGAAGCACUUCUCCCCUGACGAGCUUUCUAUCAACGUCAGUGACGAGUUCAUCACAAUACAUGGCAAACACGAGGAUAGACAGGACGACCAUGGCUUUGUGUCGAGAGAGUUUAUCAGGAAGUACAGGCUUCCUGCAGGCGUGUCGGGUGCUGAUGUCACCUCCAGUCUGUCAUCUGAUGGUUUGCUGACAAUCACUGCACCUCGGUCAUCUCCUGGACAAGAGCGCAAUAUUCCCAUCUCCUGUGAGGAUGGGACACCGAAACAGAAAAUGUAGAGCAAAACCUGACACGGCCGGUGCUGUUUCAGUUCUAACCAAAAGUGCUGCCUGUUGUUGUGUUUAACCUGUCUCAGUUUAGACACGUGUAGGUGGGACAUGCAUGUCUAGAUGUCUGCAGGUGUUUGGCUUCUGAUAAAUCAGUAACUCCUGAUGGUGUCACAGCGAGACAAAUUGUUGCCUUAAUAAAAGACUAACAUGUUGAGUUGAGAUGACACCAUAUUGAAGUUAUCCAGAGACACACUGUGGUGACUUGUAGUUUAUUUUUCUAUCAAAAUAACUUUUAGAUUAAAAAUCACAUCGACCAUGCAUGUAAGGCAAGGCAAGAUUAUUUGUACAGCACAUUUCAACAACAAGGCAAUUCAAAGAGUUUUACAUAAAAAACACAUGCCAUGUCUCAACCGUACCUGCACUUUGGUGACAAAGUAAAAGUAAUUGUUUUUAUUCUAACCUAACACAUCUUUCAGCAUUUAUUAGUUGUACUGGAAAUGCUAAACAGUCAAUUUAAAGGAGAUGAAAUGUGAAUUCCUGUCAAAAUUGUCAACUAAAGAUGAUAACAGACUGAAAUUCUUAGAAUGAAUUGUUUUUACAAUAGUGUCAGUGUGGGUAUGAGUAAGAUGCCAACUUGAUCGUUGUAUGAGAUUAGUGUUGGUUUCAGUGUGUGUCAUGAGGAAGGAGUUCUCUGGAGGCAUAUUCAGAAAUAUUAUGGUUUUUCAGUAGGAACAUAAAACGUCACCAAAGGACUUGGGACCAGGUGUGUAUUCUGUAGAGAGGAAGGAAAAGGGUGAAUGAGCCGGAGGGAAAGUAGAGCACAGUGAAAGAAUCAACUAAUGUUUGGAACUGAUCACUGGGUUCCUUUUCCAGAGGGCGAGGACUGGAGCAUGGACUCUGAGCUGCUAACGAAAAGUGUGUGUAUGUGUUUGUGUAGGUGUGUGCGCAUAUUUGUUUGUAGAUGCAGAAAUGAUUUGCUCUAUCGCCCCUUUAUAUCGGCAAAAACCCUUUGGCAUGUUAUUACAGAAUAUACCAAAUAGAAUAAACGUUGAAACUUAAAUUAA